AUGACGUUCAAUAUCCUCCUCCUCCCCUUCCUCUCCCUCCUCUUCCUACACUCUCGCCCCUACCACACCUCCCCGUACCAAAUACCUCAAACCGCGCCAAUCGCCACCGUUGCUCUCCUAGCCGUUGUUACCACUCUCCCUGAUCUCUCGCUCCCAGUGGCCGCCGGGCCCGGGAGAGGCGGAAAAGGCCCCGGGGGUCCCAAGCAGGGGGGUAGAAAAGGCGGGGGGGGAUGGGGCAAGGGCAAGGGGAGGGGCGGAAUGGGGCCAGAUGGGGGUCCGCUCCCAGAUGGGUCAGGUGACGGCCAGGUGCCUCCUCAGGAUGAUUCAACAUCGCCGGGAAACGAAGAGCUACCGUCUGACGGAUCUCCUCCUCCUGCUGCUGCUCCCCCGUCAAUCACCCCCCCUCCCCCGAUCUCCGCUCCUCCAUCCGAAACCAGCCCUCCGUCCGACAGCCCUCCCUCGAUCGCUUCCCCGCCGAGCGCCGCGCCUCCGUCGGCCGGCGGCGAGACGGCAGCGGACGACGCCACUAGCGGCGCGUCGUCGUCGGACAUGCUAGGACCGGAGAAGGAUUUCGUGGCAGACGGCUCGACUGCGGCUCCGGGAUCCGAGGCGGCGCCCGGCGGAGGCGGAGACGGGUCGCUGUCGCAUCUGGACUCGAAGCAAGGUAUGCGCCGCCGUCUCGCUGCCGUCUCGCUGCCGUCUCGCCGCCGUCUCGCUGCCGUCUCGCUGUUGCCGUCUCGCUGCCCCAACUCCCUCCUCCCCCCCUCUCCGUACUUCCCUUCUCCCCUCUCAGCCCACUCCGAGGCCCCUCCAAAGUCCCCUCUUCCCUCCUCUUCUUCCCCCUUCCCCGCCUCCGCUUGCCCCGCCCCCUCCCACUUCGUGGAUCUGUCGUCCGCGGGGCUGAGCGGCGGCAUUCCCAAGGCCCUCUUCCACCUCACCACGCUGCAGUACCUGUCGCUGGCAGACAACAGUCUCACAGGGAAGCUACCCAAGGCCGUCUCUGCUCUCACGCGCCUCGAAACACUGGUGCUGCACAGCAACCAGCUCUCGGGCGAGGUGCCCAACGUCUUUGCCGACAUGCCCAAUCUCGUCGAACUGUCGCUAGCGCGCAACAGCUUCGACCACGCCCUACCCUCCUCCCUCGCCCUCUGCUCCACCCUCAUCUACCUCAAUCUCGGUGGCAACUUUUUCAACAAGAUCAUCCCAGAGGGUUUGGGAGGCCUGAUUGAUCUGCGUACGCUUCUACUGUACGACAACGCCUUUGUGGGCAGCAUUCCAGACACUCUCUCCGACCUCACUCUCCUUGAGAAACUUGAUCUCUCUCUCAACAUCCUCUCCGGGACCUUCCCCUCCGCCCUGCUAUCCCUCCCCUCGCUCAAGUCCCUAGACGUCAGCAACAACCAGCUCUCCGGCCCACUCCCAUCCGGCUUCGCCAGCGCAGCCAUCUCUAAUCCAGACUCAGACGGAACCUUCCUCGCAGCACAGAACUACUUUACAGGCGAAGCCACCGUCCUGGUCGCCGGCGCCCCCUUCUGCCCCUCCACCCAGCCGCAAUCCCCCGACCAAGCCCUCUCCUCCUCUGCCGCUGAAACCCUCUCUGGAGGGCCUUCCGUCUCUCCCUCCGCCGACCUAACCGGCCUCACAGACUCGGGAACGGCCGGGUACCCGUCGCUCCUGCUCAACUGCUUGACCUACUCGGAGUCCUCUGCGUGUGCGAAAGCCGGGUUGGUGGAGCAGCAGAGGACGGCGCUGGCGUGUGCGGGGUUCUGUGGGGCGAGUUUGGAAGCGGGGCCGUGCGGAGGGCAUGGGCGGUGCGUGCUGAGGAAGGGAUCGGGCGAGGCGACGUGCGCGUGCGACAGCGGGUUUAUGCCCGGGCUUGAGAAUGCGACGGUGGAUGGCGUGGUGGUCACUUACACGACGUGCAGCAAGAACCCUGAGAAUGCUGUACCUCCCCCAAACAAGCCUGCAACCGGAAGCUUCUCUACGGGCUUCCAGCCGAGCAUCCCGGGUGGUCGGUUCUUCAACCCCUACUUCCGCUACGCCAGCGUGGGGUUCAAGGGCACGCCCUCCGACCCCUCCUGGACCUACAAGGACUCGGUUGACUGGCGCGAGCCCUCUGCCGGCUCCCUUACCAGCAGCAGCAGCCGCAGCGGCGGUGUGACCUACGUGGGCUAUGUGCGAGACCAGGGCCAGUGCGCGGCGUGCUGGGCGUUCGCAGCAGUGGAUACAGUGGCUAGCGCCUAUGCCAUCGCCAACCGCCUGCCCUCCGUGCCACCUCUCUCCACUCAACAGGUGCUGGACUGCGCCAAGGGCGACUGCUCCUCCGGCGGUUUCCCAGGAGACGCCUUCCGCUUCCUCGCAUCCCCCCCUCUCGUCUCCUCCAACGCGCUCUGCUCCGAGGACGAGUACCCCUUCGACGGGGAGUCAGACAGCAGCGACCAGUGCAAGGGCGUGAAGGGGCAGUACCGCACCCCGCUCGUGUACGAGCAGAUCAGCUUCUACGGCUGGCUGGGGAUUGCGCUGGCCGUGCAGCAGCACCCUGUGGUGGUUAGUGUUGCCGCGGACAGCGAGUCGUUCAAGAAGUUCACCGGGGGCUAUGUGUACAACGACCCGGCCUGCUUUGCGUCGGGCCUCGUCUCGCACAACCUGGUGGUCGUGGGGUACAAUGUGCUCGCGCCCGAGCCCUACUGGAUUCUUCGCAACAGCUGGGGGACGGAGUGGGGCGAGGACGGGUACAUGCGCAUGGCCAUCACCGCCCGGCCGGAUCCCACCGGAGCGAUCGACGUCAAUGGUGGCGCCGGCGUGUGUGGGAUCUACGCGACCCCUGCGCUCUACCCCGUUGUUGCCGGCCCGUCCCCCUGCCAGCCGAACCCGUGCGGUAGCGGGGCGUGCACCGUGGUGACGCAACUAGACGGCUCUCAGUCCAACCAGUGCCGCUGCCGCCGCGGCUUUGUUGCCGUUGACAACGUGGAUGGCUCUCAGUCCUGCGCUCCUCUGCGUGUCUGUGCGCUGUACCAGACGAACCCCUGCUGGGUGGGCACGUGUGUGGACAACAACAAGGGCAGCUUCUCCUGCCUCUGCCCCCCUGGCUUCAUGCAAGGCCUCAAGGCCGAUGGCACCACCACCUGCGUGCCUGUGAUUUCGCAGGAGGACAAGGGCACGUAUUUGAUCACAGGCCCUGGCGUCACCUGCUACGCGCUGGCAAUCAGCUAUGGCUUCACUCAGGCUGAGCUCAAGGAAAAGAACCCUGACCUUGACUGUUCCGCAAGCAUCCCUCCCAGCACGCUGCUCGAUAUCUCCGACUCCUCGCUCGCUCCAUGCUCGCUCCCCUACACAGUCACACCGAUCGACACGUGCGACUCGAUAGCGGAGACAUUCAACAUCUCAGCUGCAGACCUCUCGUCUCUCAACCCCGCACUCGACUGCUCGCGACUCGUUAUCGGCAUCCAGAUCUGUGUGGCGCGAGGGCAGCCGUACCAGUUCCCUCUCUGCACCCGCUACCACGACGUGGCGGACGGCGAGACAUGCACCUCCCUCAUGCAAGUCCAAGCGCGGCCGCCCCUCUCUCCCUUUGAGUUCUUCGCAAUGAAUCCUGGCCUCAUGUGCAACAACCUCGUUCCGACCAAGCCGGGAGACGGGCUGGGUGGGCAGCAGGUCUGCCUCUCCUCCCUCCCGUUCUCUGCGUUCAAAUGCGCGUACCGAACUUACUACACCAAGCGCGGCGACACGUGUGCAUCGAUCUACAUGAAGUAUUUCCGCACGCCGGCUGCGAAGGCCAAGACGACGCCUGCGCGGCUGUAUGUCCAGCUGAAUAGCAACACGGUGUGCCCAUCGACCCUCCGGGUGGGGUACCAAGUGUGUCUUCCCAAGGGAGUGAGGCCCUCGUAG